UUUUCGUCUUGCUUUAUCUUAUCUACUCAUUCCUCCUUGACGGUUUACUAGUGUAAUGUCCUCCUCUCUGUCUUUGGGAUAGGAAUUCCACAAGAUGACGGAGUAGAGGUUUACAGCUUCCAAACCAUAUCGCUCAUAAUGUGGUGACGGGGAUUAUUAUUAUUAUGAUGCUGUUAUAACGCAUACCACAUUUGUGGAAAAGCUGAGUUUUUUCCAAAUUGUACAAAUGUAUAUUGCAAUUUUUCAUACUCAUUUGACAAGAACUUCUAAUUCAGCCCUUAAAGUGAUUAUUUCUUAUGAUUGCCUCCAUUUUUUUACGUCUUGGAACCGUUUAUUUUCACUUGUGUUUAUGUCAGAUCUUCCUGGCAUACUUUUAUCUAUUCCCCCUUUGCUAGAAGUGUUGUUCUUUUCCAGUGAAACAAUACUAAUUUUUCCUCCAUGAUGUAACUUCCAUGUUGGGACCACUGGUUGGGGGCCUGUGCGAGCGCUGGCAUUGUAUUCCAGCAAGGCUCAGGAUGUCCUGUUGGGGGGGUUAGGGGUUGGACAGCAGCAGAGGUGUAGGCGCAUAAGUGAGUUGCGUGCGUUCAAUGGUGAUGACUCGAUGGUUUGGGCCCACUGACAGAGGAUCCCAGGACCACGUCCUUGCGCCGGAAUCCUCACUCGUUUUUUUUCCCUGGAUAUAUUUAAGUCUUGUUUUCUUUACUUCGAAAAUUUUGCUCGAUUGAGGAAAAUAUGACGCGAGCAGCAUUGGACGAAUGGUUCAACCGUCUGGUUCAAGGAUUGUGAUGAUUCCAAAUGGAGCUUUCUCUUGAAUAAGUUGAAGAUUCCAGGAUUCAGGAGUGAAUUUUAAGGAGGUGAACCAAGAGGACAAGCAGAGGCUUUCCGGCGAGAUCCACUCGGCAAUCGAAAAGUUGGCAUUCACCUUUGGCAAUGUAGUGUCUGACUUCCUUAUGGGAGAUGCGGAGAAUGGAUUGGGGCUCCCCCUCAGCAAGAGGAGCAGAUCUUUUGACAACCUCCCCCUGGAAUCUGGAGGAUCCGGCCCUGAGAAAGAUGAUCCGCCAGGAUCGCCACUGCGGGUGGAAGACGUGGACAGGACGCUGCUGCAGCAGGACAACGGGGUGGAGCUGGUGCUAGGCUACGCCAAGGCCUGGUCCAAGUACACCAAAGACGUGCUGGCGUGGGUGGAGAAACGUCUGAAUAUGGAUACCGAGUUGGCAAAGAGCUACUGCAAAAUGGCCGAAUCAGCAAAAACCCUCGCAAGUCAACAGGAGUUCAUGCCUUUCCGUGACAUCUACAUGGAUGCGUUCAAAAACGACAUCGAGUACAGCCAGCUGGUCAUCUGCACCACGGCUGUACUCCAAACCAACAAAUACAUGCGGCCGCUAGUGACUCGGAAAAACGAGCUGGACAAACUACGGAAGGAGAUGAAGGAGCAGUGGCAGAGAAAGCAGAAGAAAAUGCACGAGGCAGACAGCGCUCUGAAGAAGGCCCGGAUGCUGCAGGACCAGCGUCAGACGGAGUACGAAAAGGCCAAAGUGUCCACCCUCCGUCUGGAGGGGGAGCAAAUGGGCGGAGUCGCCGGUGCAGCAGCGGCUAAACUAGAGAAGCGGCACCGGCUGGAAGAGGAGGCGCUGCAGAAGGCCGGGGAAGCGAGGGAGCACUGCAGAGCUUGCCAGAUUGACGUCGAGGAGAAAAGGUUGGAUCUGGCCAACACCAAGAGCGAAAUCAUCACUCAGCUCCGAAAGAUGGUCUUUCAAUGCGACCUCACCCUCAAAGCCGUGACGGUGAACUGGUUCCAGCUCCAGCAGGCCCAGGCCGUGUCACGCCCCGUGGACCACCAGGGGCUGUGUGAAAAUGCUAAGCGCUACGAGCCCGGCCAACGCUACAUCCAGUUUGUGCAGAGCUUGUCCGACUCCCAUUCCUUGGAUUUGUCGUCGAGUGGAGGAAUGCCUCCUGCCAAGCGCACGCUCAGCGGAAGCCACUUGUCCUACAGUAACCUGUCGCAAGGUUCCGUCACGUCCGACCCCCUCGGUAUUGAUGAGGUGGACGGGUCCAACACCCAGCAAGCCAAGACCAGCACGGACAGUCAAGGUAUUUCUAAUCCUAUCAUUGAUUUAAAACAAAACAAAGCAAUCACUGAUUUUUUUUUCCAUGCAGCACUUCGGCUUCGGUCCAUGAAUUUGACGAUCCAGGGUGGCGGAAUGUGCAGCGACUCGGAAAGCGCAGGAGGGAGCAGCGAGUCCCGAUCCAUGGACUCACCCACUGCGAGUCCAGGAGACUUCAGGCGGAAAAUACCCAGAACCCCCUCCAUCGGCACCAUGUCGUCUGCAGACGACCUGGACGAGCGAGAGCCCCCGUCGCCUUCUGACAACGGCUUGAGUGAUCUGGUCAUGGAGGCCGCCAGCUCCCCGGGUCCGUUUCGGAACACCCAGAUGUCCAAAGCCGCUCAGACUCACAAGCUGAGAAAACUCCGAGCGCCCUCCAAGUGUCGAGAGUGUGAUGGCCUGGUGGUGUUUCAAGGAGCCGAGUGCGAGGAGUGUUCGUUAGCCUGCCACAAGAAGUGCCUGGAGAGCCUGGCCAUCCAGUGCGGCCACAAGAAGCUCCAGAGGAAGCUUCAUCUUUUUGGCGUGGACUUCACGCAGACCGCAAAGAACAGCCAGGACGGCAUUCCGUUCAUCAUCCGCAAGUGCACUUCGGAGAUCGAGACCAGAGCGCUCAACGUGAAGGGGAUCUACCGCGUCAACGGCGCCAAGUCCCGCGUGGAGAAGCUGUGUCAAGCGUUUGAGAAUGGCAAAGACCUGGUGGAGAUGUCGGACCUUUACCCCCACGACAUUAGCAAUGUGCUCAAACUCUACCUGAGACAGCUUCCGGAGCCGCUCAUCCUUUUCCGCUACUAUGACGACCUCAUCGGCCUGGCCAAAGAAAGCCAAAGUGGAAUUGUGGCAGAUUUGGAAGCAUUUCGCCUCAGUUCCUCCCCGGUGAUGCCGGCCCAGGUCAGCGUGGAGCUCAACCGCAUCCUCUUCAAGAUCAAGGACCUCCUGAGGCAGCUGCCGCACACUCACUACAAGACGCUGCAGUUCCUUAUUGAGCAUCUGCACCGGGUAACGGAGCGAUCAGAGGAGAACAAGAUGACGGCGAGGAACCUGGGGAUCAUCUUUGGCCCGACACUCAUCAAGCCGAGGCAGGCGGACGCAGACGUCGCCCUGUCCUCGCUGGUGGAUUACCCCUACCAGGCGCUCAUCGUGGAGCUCAUCAUCAGGCACUACCAGAUGAUCUUCGACGUCCCACUAAGUCCCGUGACGGGCAACUCCCCCACCGAGGUGUACGCUCAGCCGUUACCCGACGUCCGCCUUCCUCAGCAGGAAAAGGAGCAGAACCUGAGCAGGUACUCCAAGUCGGUGGGCGACAUCCAGGAGCUCAGCUCCAAGGACUUUAAGAGACAUUCCUCCACUCCUUCCCAUCAUUCCUUUGCCCACUUUCAGGACUUGGAAGGAAAUGGAUUUCAACCUGCAGAUGAACCGGAUUCCAAGGCCUGCAACGGGGUUUUAUCCACAAGUAGCACCGAGCUCUCCAAGCCGAGCGAGCGAGGCCUCUACCGCUCUCCGCACGUGACAGCCACCACCAGGGUGCAUCUGCGGCACCAUCGCCACAGGUUGACCUCCCGACCGGUGAGCAUGCCGGCGGAACAAAGCCACACCCGAGGCAGAGCGGACGAGCAUCCCAUGUGGACCAGCGCCGAUGACGACGAGCGGAAAGGCGACCACGGCAUCCAGGCCAUCCAAGAGGUGGAUGAAAGCGACACCAAGCUGCGGGCGGCCACGCAUCAUCGGAGCACGUUGAUCGACACCCAGACGUUGCGGAGAACUUGGGAUAAACAGUACAAGCACGAAGUUGCGUCUCGACCUGUUAAAAUCGUUUACAGCACGGACGUUAAAGCGGAAGAUGGAAGACCCCACGCGCCGUUAAGCUUGUCCCUUGAGGACUCCGGGGGGGCCGUGAGCACGGCCCAGGCCAACGGACCUUCCGACUUUUCAGCACGACCCGGCAGAACAUUCAGGGAAGGCAACAUUGCCAUGUUCAACAUCACGUCAAAGGGGUACCGGGCUUCCAGGACCCUCCAACCCCCGCCCGGAACUUUCUACAAGCCUCCAUCUGGGAGUAAAACCAAAUCCCUCCACAGUCCUGAAGACAAAGCGGCGGAGGGCGAGGACGACGAGGACGAAGUGGAGCUCGAGAUCGAGGUGUCUGUAGAUGAGCCUCACGAGGAGGGCGCUGAGGCGGAGCAGGCGGCCGCCUCGCCAUCCCAAAGCCCCGGUCCCGAGGAAGCGGGGCCAAACCAGGGCAGACCUGUUUUCCAAAGACUAAGGUCCAGGUGCCUUCAAGAGGUGGAACACCGAGAAGCUCAUUUUGUGUGAUCCAGUCUCACACUAACGUGCAUUAGAGACAAUUAAAAUACGUCUAGUAAGACUGGUGGUCUUGUGUGGAGAAGCGAAGCCCACUUUUUCAUACCAGGAUGCACUUAAAAUGUACAUUACCCCCCCGCGCCCCCCCAAGUAUAUCCUUGGACGAUCACUCGCUUAUCACACUGGCACCAGGUUGGACUAUUUAUAGACUUUAAAGCUGUGCAAUUGCAUUUUAUGUGAAUAGUUUGUAUAUGUUGUGUAUGUUUAUAUACCAAAAAGUAAAUAUAUUUGAAUAGUACAAUAGUGCAUGUAGCCACGAUACCCAAAUACAGGAAUCAUCAGCUUUGUUACCAUCCUCUAAACUCUUAUUCAGUUUUCUAUAAAGCAAUAAAACGACGUUGGUAUGGACAUACUGCCAUGGACCCUGCGCCGAUGCAGCCCACCGUACGGGCCGAGACGCCGGGGGCUCCAACACGCCAUGACGGUUGGGUUUAGUACAUUUUGAUAGCCAAAGCUGUUUUUGUAUUUGUACAGUUGUUCUCUGAAUAAGCUAAACCUGUCAUGUGUUUAUACCCUGGGGGGCCCCAUAAGGUGUUUGAAUCAAUAUUUACACAUUACCCUCCGGAACCAUUUGGGACUCCCGCUUAUAAACCAAAGUUAGGAAAAUGCACGUCCCAAAAAAAAAAAAGCAUCAGAAUCGAUUAUUUACCGAGUAUUUAAAAAUAUAUAUUGUAGAUGUUUCUUCCCCAUUUAAAACAUUAUUUUUAAAUACAAACUACGGCCUAAUUCUAAUUCUAAUAUUGUUGUUUUAGAAUUUGACAGUAUGAGGGGGACCAUUUUGGGACCAAAAGGGUAAAAAGUGUAACUUUUGUAUUUUGUAUGAUUCAAUGUAAAGCAACAAUUUUAAAAAGACAGGUACAUCUGAAGAAGCAUACUUUUGUAACUUAUUAAAUAUAUCUGGCAACUUC